AUGACACAAAACGCUGAUCCCGACCACAUUCCGGGUACUGUGUACCUGGUCGACAUCGAUGGCCAUGAGACCUCCGCCCUCCACGAUGCCUCCCACAAGGACAUCGUGCUGAUCCCUUGUCCCAGCUCCGACCCGAAUGAUCCGCUUAAUUGGACAUAUCACCGCAAGCUUCUUGCCGUGAGCAUGGCCUAUCUUUAUGUCUUUGGAACUGGCAUUGCGACUUCUCUCCAGUACUCCGUCUUGGCCAAUAUCACAGCCGACACUGGCAUCAGCACCGCGAAUCUGGUCCAGGGAACCGGCGUCAUGUUCUUGUUCUUCGGAUGGGCUUGCCUAAUCUGGCAGCCGAUUGCCCUCACCUACGGCCGCCGCGGUGUCUAUCUCAUUACCAUGCUCCUCACCAUCCCGAUGAUGGUCUGGACUUCCUACUCUUCGUCUUCGGGGGAGUGGUUCGCCCACCGCGUCCUGAUCGGCAUCAUCGUCUCGCCAAUCGAGUCCCUCUGCGAAGUUACCGUGUUCGACCUCUUCUUCGCGCACAAUCGCGGAACAUACAUGGGCUUCUACGUGUUCAUCCUGUUCGGGUCCAACUUCCUGGCCCCGCUGGUGGCCGGCUGGUUCAACGACGCGUACGGAUGGCGCUGGACGAUGCACUUUGGAGCCAUUGUCUGCGCGGCGUGCUUCGUAGCCAUGUUCUUCUUCAUGGAAGAGACGAUCUACUUCCGAGACUCAAGCAUCGAGGGGGAGGCCGAGCAGACCGACGUGUCCCAGGCCCACAGCCUCAGGGACGGCAAAGGCCCGCACAACUCGGAGACCAAGACGACCCCGGCUUCAGGCGCAAAUUCGACGGGAAGUACCACCAGCGCGUCUCUGCCUCGGAACAUCAACGCCGGGUGGGGCAAGUACACCCUCUUCAAGGCGCUCCCCGGCCGGCCGAGCAACCUCGACAUGCUGCGCAUGGCAUACCGCCCCGUCAUCAUGAUCUUCCGGUUCCCGACCGUGGCUUGGUCGGGCUUCCUGUAUGGAAUCAACCUGGCCUGGUAUAACGUCCUGAAUGGGACGGCGAGCCCCGUCCUGACGGGGGCGCCGUACAACUGGUCAGCCGCUCUGGUCGGUUGCGUGUACGCCGGGCCCAUCAUCGGAGCCGCGAUUGCCUCACUCUGGUCCGGCAACGCGGCAGAUUGGAUCGCCCUCCGAUUUGCAAGACGCAACAAGGGUGUCAGAGAGGCCGAACAUCGCCUGUGGGUUUUGGCAGUGUCAGGCAUCAUCUCCGCUGCCGGUCUGAUCGUCUGGGGCGUCGGAGCCUACCACAACAUCCACUGGAUUGGCCUGGUCUUCGGCCUUGGCAUGCUCACGUUCGGCUGCGUCACUGGCGGUUCGAUAGCAGUGAGCUACAAUGUCGAUUGCUUCAAGGAGAUUGCCGGCGAAACUACGGUGUCCAUCAUGCUGAUCCGCAACACCAUCGGCUUUGGGUUCAGCUACGCAAUCACGCCCUGGUGGACAACACAGGGACUGCAAAACUGCUUCAUCACAGCAGCUAUGAUCUCCAUUGUAUGCACUUUCACCUUCUUAAUUAUGAUCGUCUAUGGGAAACGAAUCAGGCGGUGGUCGAUCCCGGCGUAUCACAAGUACAUGGCCACCGCGGCCGUGGCACAGGAGUGA